UCGACGGGGCCGGAAGCGAACGAAGGCGACGUGGGCUGCGGGGAGCGGGCGCCGUCAUGGAGGGGCUCUACCACCAGACCAACAAGCAAGUCCAUGAGGUCCAAUCUUACAUGGGGCGCCUGGAGACUUCAGACAAAGAGUCAGUACACUUAGUAGAAAAUGAGAUUCAGGCAAGAAUAGACAAUAUAUUCAGCAACUUGGAACGUCUGGAAAUCCUGUCCAGCAAAGAACCUCCCAAUAAGCGGCAGAAUGCUAAACUGCGGGUUGACCAGCUGAAGUACGACGUCCAGCACCUGCAGACAGCUCUGAGGAACUUCCAGCAUCGCCGGUACGUCCGGGAGCAGCAGGAGCGGCAGCGGGAGGAGCUGCUCGCGCGCACGUUCACCACCAAUGACUCUGACACCACCAUCCCCAUCGACGAAACGCUGCAGUUUAACGAGUCCCUGCAGAAUGCCCACCGCGGCAUGGACGACCUCAUCGGCAGCGGCACCAACAUCCUGCAGGGGCUGAGGGACCAGAGAAUGACAUUAAAGGGCACUCAUAAGAAGAUCCUGGAUGUUGCCAACAUGUUGGGCUUAUCCAACACAGUGAUGCGGCUGAUUGAGAAACGAGCCUUUCAGGACAAAUACUUCAUGAUCGGGGGAAUGAUUUUGACUUGUGUAAUUAUGUUCCUCGUCGUGCAGUACCUGACAUGAGCUGCUGACUUCUUGCCUGCCGGAGGAGAUGGUCUCUUGGAGCAAGAUGGACUGUCCUCCAAAGUGCCCUUUCCUCCGAGCGCCGCUUUAGCCGAGCCCCAUCCCCCCUGAACUUCAGAGUUUACAAACCACACUUGGACACACCUCACGUGGAAAGCAUGUAGGGAAACGACUUUUUCUGGGGACGCUGUAGUUGGGAAUGGCCCUGUGGAAAUUGCCCUGACCUUUACUGCUCCCACCUCGCUGUCUGCCAGCGUCAGAGUCUGGUUAAGCAGGAAGCAGAAGGGAACGUUUUCCCCCGCUGUGCUGCAGGGUACGAGUGGCCUCUUGGGCUGGGAUGAGAGGAUGCAGUUGAGCCUUUCCUGUGCAUGCUAGAAGUGACCUAAAUCGCUAUAUUUGGCAAUGAAAGGAUGCCACCGAGGGGAAUUUUGCACCGUGGACGUGUUCCUGGUGGAGUAAUUGUGCAAAAAGAGGCGGGAGGUGAAGGGUUCCCCUCCAGAAACUCCCCGCGUUGCCUGGAGGGAGAAGGGUUUGUGGGGAAGGGUCUUACAGCACGGUUACAACCUCAGCAAGCUUUUUGUUCAUGCAUACAGUAUUAACCAGCACAGAUCUUCCUGGUUUAGGCUGAAACACCUCUCUCUAAGGUAUGUUUUUCUUACCUUUUUAUGCCCCACUGCUUCUCAGUGGAAGCUGAACCUUGUGCUCCUGCCUGAGCAUCAGGGCUGCGUCCUCUCCCUCUGCCUCAUCCCAGACCCAGCCUCCGAAAACUGUAAGAUUCUGACAUUUUUAGUGCUUUGGUGCAUUGUAUUCACUUUCUGAGGUGGUUGGCUGGGGUUUGUGCUCCGUAGCUGGUGGUUUUUUUCAAUUGAUGAAGUGGACAAGCCCUCGCUGCGCUUCAGCUCGGACUCAUGGGGUUUAUGUUCAUGGGAGUGGAACAGGCUCUGGGCCACUCUUUGUGUUCAGAGUAACUGGGAUCGGGGCAACAGACAUUUCACCUAAAAUCAGUGUGAUCAGAAGAGUUUCCUGCAGUGAGGUGCCUUGGGAUGGAGACAUCCCUCAUCCCUGGGAAGGGUGUUCU